UGGCGUAACUCGGAGCUCCUAGCGAACAACUUCGCCAUGUUGUCCCCAUUUGGAAUGUCAAACUUCGCCGUCGCGUUGUUUCUUCUUUCCUUCAGCGUUGUUUUCUACUCUACUUCUGUACGCGGGGAGGAAGGAACAGAAGACGACGGAGCAUGUCCAAAGAACCCUUGUGAAAUCAAGGUCGUUGCUGCACCAGGGCCCCCAGGUCCUCCGGGUCCGCCAGGCCCAGUAGGCAAGGCUACAGACUUACCUAGGUCCACUGUGCCUGGUCCGCCGGGACCACCGGGUCCCCCAGGACCACCGGGACCUGAUGGAAUGCCAGGCUUCAUGGGCCCACCUGGGGCCCGAGGGCAGCCAGGUCCAAAAUGCAAACCAGGCUGCAUUCCCGAUAUGCUUGGGCCAGCGAGUGGACCUCCGGGGCCACCUGGGCUACCUGGAAGAGAUGGAAUUCCGGGCCGCCCUGGGCAUCCAGGUGUACCUGGUGUCGCUGGGCCACCUGGAGCACCCGGUUUGGCAGGGCCACCUGGACUUAUAGGUCCUCCUGGUUACAAAGGCCCACCUGGUGAUCCUGGAUCUCUGGGGUCACGUCUUCCCCCUGUUGCGUUCUUCGUGGCACUGAGCUCGGGCACUGAUGCUGUACCGGUGCUAGUGUACGAUGUCAUCCACACCAACGUGGGCGAAGCGUACGACAGGAAGACUGGUAAAUUCGUGGUGCCGACGCAAGGAGUGUACACCUUUACAUUCACGGCAAGGAGGAGCGAGGCAGCGCAGAACCAUUGCACCGUCUCGCUGAUGAAGAAUGGAGGCAAGAUUCUGUCUGUAACCGCACGGGCCGUGCAGAGUCAGGGAAGCAGCAGUGCCGUGCUACUCCUGAGGCCCACAGACGAGGUGUGGGUGAAGCUCACUACCGGGUACCUAGAGAGUGAUGACAGCGGGGAAGCCGUCUUCUCUGGGGUUCUCAAUGCCUUGGUGGACGAUGAUUAGACAACGUCAAAUGAUCAUAAAAGUCUGUGUAAAACAGAUCAGUCUUUUUCAGAUCAGAUUCAUUUUCUUAAGGGCUGUUCUGAGGAGCAUCACCCAUCUAAACAUUUACAGUGCAUAUAGUAGGAAUCUGACCAAAUAAUCAAAAUCUAAUUAAGUCGUACUUUUAGAGAUAACGUAUGACAAAUUUGAGAUGGUGGGUGUAAAAUACAUUACAACUGAUUACUCUGGAUACAUUUUACUAGGCAUUUGAUAAGUAUUCAACCCUAUUAACAACUUGAUAACCAAUAUCAGACAUAGAAACAAGCAAUGUAUCUACAAACAAUUAUUAUAUUUCAUAACAUACAAAUACAUGUACCUGUUACUUUCGCAGCUUCUCUUACAUUUAACUGAGCUCGAGGUAAUUACUAGUAACUGAUGUUUGCUUUAUCCAGAUAUGUCUACAUUGCAACAUGUGCCUGCUACUAGAUUUUAGUACUAAACUUUGCAACUCUGGUUUGCAACUCUGGUUUAAUCUAGCAAUCUUUUUAAAGAAGCACUAAUAUCUUAUAAAGUUUCAAAUUUUCAAAUAUAUCUAACACUUUCUACAGCUGCCUUGUAACUUCACUUCACUUUAGAUAGACAAAGAUUAUGAAAGAGAUCAGGAAUGAUAGUCGUCCGAAGAGUACCAUUUUGAUUGACGUGUGGAGGCCAUGACAAAUAUUCAGGAUCCUGAUCCAAAGUCUAAAAUAUACAAAGAUCACAGAAUUGACCCCAUGCCUAUCCAAAGACAUUAAUUAUUAAAAGACAGCCACUUUCCCACGAGCUGUUUUAGAGACAAGGCACUUAGAUGUGCAGAAAGUCAGGGUCAAUUAAAGGGGCA